AUGGAGCAACUAAUUCUGGUAUGUGGGAAAUGGAGUUUCUAUCGGAAUAGUUGGUUCUUCUUAGUAGACAAAUCUAAGGGAGGCAGAGUAGUUGGUGCUGGUCGGAAAACCUCUUUCAUGCAGUUAAUGAGAAUGGUGUGCGAGGAAUUCGGUUUGGAUCUGAAUAAGGAGGAGGUUCAGUUGAGUUAUUUGCUGCCGAAGAAGGUUCUGGAUAGUUUGCCCGCCGACACACCUCCUGUUUUCAUAUGCAACUCCACACAAUUUUUGGCGUAUCUGCAGCAAAUUAAGACGGAAACGACCCGUCUAUGCGUUGAGAUUCAAACAAAAUCAACGGAGGGUAAACCGAUGGAGGAAGAUUCGAGUGACGGGUCUCAACAAUCCAGUCCUGGCGCAGAAGAAAUUUGGCCCGAAAACAGAAAUGAUGAUGGAGAGGACACAAGCAGAUUCGACUACUGCGACGAUCCUGAUGGUGCUAGCUCGGAUGACGAAGAAUACGGUACUACGAAAGGGAGGUUUGCAAAGGAAGAAGACGACGGCGAUGGUAUGAAUGGGAGUGGAAACCAGAUUCCUGAGUUUCGAGGAUGUGGCUCUGUUGACUUAGUGGUUGGUGAGCGCUUCAAUACGAAGACGGAAUUGGAGUUGAGAUUGAAGAUGCUUACGGUAGCACUAAAAUUUGACUACAAUGUUGGGAAUUCAACCCCGACGCUAUUGACAGCUAAAUGCUGGGUAGAAGGAUGCAGUUGGAGAGUGCGGGCCACAACUGUGGGGCAAUCUCCUGCUUUUUAUAUCAAGACAUACGUCCAACAUCAUUCAUGUUCGAUUACGGAGCGAUCAGCCCGUGCACGUCAAGCUACAUAUAAAAUAUUAGGAUGUCUAUACAAGGAUUUUGUAGGUGGUGUUGGACAAAGAGUUCUGCCUAGUCAUGUUGCCGACGGUCUGAACAGGCGUUACGGACUACGGGUAGACUAUUGGAAAGCUCAUCGGUCAUUGAGAUUUGCGAGACAACUAGUCUCCGGUAGUUUCGAGAGUGGAUACCAGGAUCUGCCCACUUACUUAUACAUGAUAAGGCGAGCUAAUCCAGGGACACUUACAAAACUUGAAGUAGACGACGCCGACCGAUUCAAGUAUCUCUUCAUAGCAUUUUCAGCCAGCAUACACGGGUUCCGGUUUAUGAGGAAAGUUGUGGUCGUUGAUGGGACUUUCUUGCAAGGGAAAUACAGAGGUACACUUCUAAUAGCAACAACGCAAGACGGAAAUUUCAACAUUUUCCCAAUAGCUUUUGGGAUUGUUGAUACAGAAAAUGAUGAGUCAUGGGAAUGGUUUUUCACUCAAUUACACCGGGUUAUCCCUGACGAUGAAGAACUAGCAGUGAUUUCCGAUAGACAUGGAUCAAUUAGUAGAGCAAUUGCGAUAGUCUAUCCACUGGCCAGUCGUGGAGUUUGUACCUACCAUUUCCGAAAGAAUGUUAUGCUUAAAUUCAGAGGAAAAGAAUCUUACAAGCUAGUGAAGAAGGCGGCGGCGGCAUACCGUCUCGUGGAUUUCAAUCUGAUAUUUGCUCAGAUUCAAGCUUUGGAUCCCGAACUACAUAAUUAUUUGGUGAAUGCGGAUGUGCGUUGGUGGACACGUGUGCAUUUUCCUGGAAACAGGUACAAUUUCACCACAAGUAACAUUGCAGAAUGUAUGAAUAAAGUCCUCUCCGACGCAAGGGGUUAUCCUAUAGUCGAGCUUGUGGACGAGGCGAGGUCGAUGUUAACAAGAUGGUUUGCUGCAAGGAGGAGGAAGGCGAGUUUGAUGAAAACUUUCCUCACAACAGGAGUUGAAAAACUACUCGAGUCAAGGGUGGAUAAUUCGAAGCUAUGGACAGCUCAGGAGAUUGAUGAUGACCAAAUACAAGUGACGUGCGGCGGAAUUUUACAUGUUGUCAAUAUAACGGCGAGAAUGUGUACAUGCCGGAGGUUUGAUUUGGAUAAAAUUCCAUGUGUACACGCACUUGCAGCUGCAUUGUCCGCAAAUAUACCACGAGUCACACUGGCACAUCCUUACCACCGCGCAGAAAGUGUUAGCAAUGCAUAUGCAAAAGUGGUUAUGCCUCGCGACAUAUCUCAGCCGGCGCCUCAAGUUGUCUCAGACAAGGUUUGUAAACCACCUAAGUUGCGGCAACCACCAGGUAGGCCUAAAAACUCACGUAUUAAAGGUGUACUAGAGGUUGUCAUGGAUCGGAAACGUCCCCGAAAGGAACACAGCUGCUCCAAAUGUCAUCAGUCGGGCCACAAUCGUACAACGUGCGAGGCCUGA